AUGUCCGAAGAAGAAAUAAAAAACCAAUCAAUUGAUUCUUUAAAAGAAGAAAUAGAUUUACACGAUAAUAAAAAUAAAAAAUAUAUUCCAAAAGAAUCAUAUAAUGCGGUAUCAUUCGAUUAUUCGAAAGAGGACGAAAAAGCGAAAAAUGCACAUCUACCAAAGAAAUUCACCAAAGAAAAUAAUAUAGAUAAUCAUUAUAUAGAUCCAACCGAAAAUCUAACACCUCAACAAAAAAAAAUUUAUGAAUUAAGAAAGAAAUUAGAAAACUCAAAAAACUCAAUAUAUAAAACAGUUGUAGAUGAACAUAAAAGAAUUCACCAAGGUGCACAGGAUGAAAUUGAUGAAAAAAGAAAAAUAUAUAAAGAAAAGGUUAAACAAGAAGAGGAAGAAAUGAAAAAGCAAGGUUUAGAUCCAGAAAAAGAAAAAUUAAGAAAUAUAGUUGCAGAUGAUAUUAAAACUAAAAAGAAAACAGGAAAAAAAUACGAUAAAGAUAGUUACACAGACGAACAUGUUUAUAAAUCAUAUAAGAAAAGAGUUAAAGAGAUGGAAUCAUUUCACAAUUCUGAACACUUUAAACCAGUGGUAUCUGAUAGUUCCGAAUCUCUAGAAACUGUAGAAUAUGGUAAAUCAUCAGUUGUCCCCCGUGGAAAUAUAAAUGCAAUGAAACAAGAGUUAUUAAAGAAUCAAGAACAAAGAAACAGCUUCAAAAGAAAGGGUAUUAAUGAUGAAGAAGAUGUCAACUAUGUAAAUGAAAGUAACAGAAUCUACAACAAGAAAGUUUCACGUGCCUAUGACAAAUAUACUUUAGAAACAAGACAAAAUUUAGAAAGAGGUACUGCUCUUUAA